AUGCACAGUGUUGGAAGUCCAAAACUGUCCAUGGGAAAACAAGAGGCUUUCAAGAUCUUCUUAAGGGACCACAAAGACCGUCAGACAAUCGAAGAAAACAAGACACAAGUCAUGCAAAGGUCGAUUGAGGCCAAAGGACUCGGUGAACAAAUGAACGAAACGAGAACCAGAUUAACUUCUUUUGAGGAUCUGAGCAUUGAUCUUUCUGUGGUGCUGGUGCGGUGUAUCACGUUAAACCUCCAGGCCUCAGAAAUCACCCAAUAUUUAGUGAAGCCGUAG